GUGCGCACAGGCUGCAUUGUACCUCGGAUUCCUGUAGGCGCCCUUCUCGCCUUGCGCUCUCUCCAGGUCGCAGUUUGACGCACUCGGGGAGGACCAGCCUGCCUGGCCACUGACACUCUCAUCUAGACAUAUAAAGACAAACUUUACAUUUCCAGACUGCGGUGCUCUCGGCGGUUCACCUUCAGUGUCGCCUCAUCUACUGUAUUUGCCUAUUUGAAAUAUUCAAACUCUAUCAACGGAGAGCAAGCCGUUUGGGAAUCAAGGACUGGAGGGAGGAUAUAUGUUUAAAGCUGUUGAUGCGGGAUACAGCUUUCAGUCAGGGUAGAAGAGGAGAAGGAAUAGGCUACAGUAUCAACUGGAUAGCUUUGGAUAAAGUUUUCUGAAGUUCCGUCUGGGAUUAACAUGGGUACCUUGCGCGACCUCCAAUACGCGCUUCAGGAGAAGAUUGAGGAGCUGCGGCAGCGGGACACGCUCAUUGAUGAGCUAGAACUGGAGCUUGACCAAAAAGAUGAACUGAUACAAAAACUACAGAACGAACUGGAUAAAUACCGGUCCGUUAUCAAACCGGCCACGCAACAGGUCGUCAAACAGACCGAGCUGCACGAGCACCAACGAACUAAGAGACAGGCGAUAUCUGCCGAACCCACCGCAUUCGACAUCCAUGAUCUUAGCCAUGUCACGCUGCCUUUCUACCCCAAAAGUCCACAGUCUAAGGACCUGAUCAAGGAAGCCAUAUUGGACAAUGACUUCAUGAAGAACCUGGAGCUGUCUCAGAUCCAGGAGAUCGUGGACUGCAUGUACCCUGUGGAGUAUGGCAAAGACAGCUGUAUCAUCAAGGAAGGUGACGUGGGCUCACUGGUCUACGUCAUGGAAGAUGGUAGGGUGGAGGUGACAAAGGAGAGUGUGAAGCUGUGCACCAUGGGACCUGGGAAGGUGUUUGGAGAGCUGGCCAUACUCUACAACUGUACCAGGACAGCAACUGUCAAGACUCUCACCAAUGUGAAGUUAUGGGCCAUCGACCGACAAUGCUUUCAGACUAUUAUGAUGAGGACGGGCCUGAUCAAACACACCGAAUACAUGGACUUUUUAAAAAGUGUUCCAACGUUCCAUGAACUUCCGGAGGAGAUACUAAGCAAGCUGGCUGAUGUCCUUGAGGAGACACACUAUGAGGAUGGAGAGUACAUCGUCAGACAGGGAGCCACAGGAGACACCUUCUUCAUUGUCAGCAAGGGAAUGGUGAAUGUGACCAGGGAAGACAAGCCCAGCGGGGAUCCUGUCUACCUCCGCAGCAUGGGGAAAGGAGACUGGUUCGGAGAGAAGGCCCUGCAUGGGGAGGACAUCAGGACAGCAAACGUCAUCGCUGCAGAGGCCGUUACAUGUCUGGUCAUCGACAGAGACUCCUUCAAGCACCUGAUUGGAGGGUUGGAGGAGGUGUCCAGUAAAGGCUGUGAGGAUGCUGAGGCCAAGGCUAGGUACGAAGCAGAGAACGCUUUCUUCUCCAUCCUCAAUCUGGCUGACUUCAACAUCAUUGACACACUGGGGGUUGGUGGCUUCGGUCGCGUAGAGCUGGUCCAGCUGAAGAGUGAUGAGUUGAAGACUUUUGCCAUGAAGAUCCUGAAGAAGCGUCACAUCGUGGACACGCGGCAGCAGGAGCAUAUCCGCUCUGAGAAACUCAUCAUGCAGGAGGCCCAUUCUGACUUCAUUGUCAGACUGUACAGGACUUUUAAGGACAGUAAGUAUCUCUACAUGCUGAUGGAGGCUUGUCUGGGAGGAGAGCUGUGGACCAUUCUUAGAGACCGGGGUUCGUUUGAGGACUCCACCACUAGGUUCUACACAGCUUGUGUGGUGGAAGCAUUUUCCUACCUGCAUUCCAAAGGCAUCAUCUACAGAGACCUCAAACCAGAGAACCUUAUACUCGACCACAGGGGCUACGCCAAGCUAGUGGACUUUGGCUUUGCCAAGAAGAUAGGGUUUGGGAAGAAAACGUGGACGUUCUGUGGAACACCAGAAUACGUGGCACCAGAGAUCAUUCUGAACAAAGGCCAUGACAUCUCAGCCGACUACUGGUCUCUAGGAAUCCUCAUGUUUGAGCUCCUCACCGGCAGCCCUCCCUUCUCUGGCCCUGAUCCCAUGAAGACCUAUAACAUCAUCCUGAGGGGCAUUGACAUGAUUGAGUUUCCAAAGAAGAUUACCAAAAACGCUGCCAACUUAAUAAAAAAACUAUGCAGGGACAAUCCUUCAGAAAGACUGGGAAACUUGAAAAAUGGUGUUAAAGACAUCCAAAAACACAAAUGGUUCGAGGGCUUUAACGGGGAAGGUCUACGAAAGGGAACUCUGACACCCCCUAUCAUCCCUAAUGUGACAUCAUCGACGGACACAAGUAACUUUGACAGCUUCCCAGAGGACAAUGAAGACCCUCCCCCAGAUGACAACUCUGGAUGGGACAACGAUUUUUAAACGUCACCCCCCACCCCCAAUACCAAAUUCUCUUCUGUCAUUGGCCUGGGGGCCUACUUCCUGAUGUAGUGUCAUUCUAAAGACUGCGAUAAAUAGGAAGAGGAGAGGGGGAAGAGAGGAAGAGGACCACAACCGCUGUGGGUCACCGAUAUGCCUUCGCUAUACGUGGCUCUGGGACUAGAAUUUAAUGACCUUAGCAUAUCCUCAGUGUUCUCUCUCUCACACAGACACAGACACAGACACACACACACACACACACACACAGACAGACAGACAGACAGACAGAGAGAGAGAGAGAGAGAGAGAGAGAGAGAGAGAGAGAGAGAGAGAGAGAGAGAGAGAGAGAGAGAGAGAGAGAGAGAGAGAGAGAGAGUCCUAGAGCUAAAACAAUGCCUUUUCCUUUAGCAGAGUGCGCGUGUGAGACUGAGUGUGUGUACAAUAUAUGUGAGAGUGUAAGGACACUAUAAGGAACGAUAAAAAAAGUUAAAUAUAUAGGGUGGAAGAUGAGUUUUCUGUUGACCUGCACUGCUCCUACAGACACAAACAGACAGGCUGGGUCCAUGUUUGGAAGGCUUCCCCUCUGCACCCUGUUUUCUCUCCAAGACUUCUAUUACUAUAGCUGGUUCCUGAGGCUUGGCUCAGCAGUACCAAAUACCUACAGUAUCUGGUACCUGGACCUCCUCAAUAGGGAUACAGGAUCUUAACACUGAGUCUGACAAGCCAAACAGGUACCAAGUGCUCAUGACGAACCAGAAUGUUACUGUUUGUCCUUAAUAUUACUUUUAGAACCACAGAGUAUAUGUACAUAUCAUUUGAAGUUACAUUCUCACACAUGCACAUAGGCUGCUACACUCAUCUACUUUACUCAUGUACACUGUAUGCAGCAGCUAGUUAGCUUUUUAAUAAAAGCAACCUUUUUGUUCUGUGCUUCUGAUAGAAAAAUGAUGACCUUUCAAAUGUCCUGCUUACAAAUGUAAUCAGUCACACAUAUUCAUCCCUCAUUUCUGGAAAGCGAUUUGUUAUUAUGCUGUUAUUAACAAACUUCAUCAACAACAACAACAGUGAAGAUCCUCGGACGAUCUUUCAUUUCACAGGCAUUGAGCGAUCAGAUAAUAAAGAUUUAUUUUGAAAGUCUACUCUAUGCUCUUAGCUAGACAUCAGCCAUACAUAUUGCAAAUGUCUGACAUGCACAUCCUAUGAGUUGCUAUUUCAUCAUGUAGUUGCCAUCCAAUCAAUAUAAAUACCAUCCCUUUAAACAGGUAAGUCACAUUUUCACACCACAGUAGUUUAAUUUACCAGUUCUAAUGCCUUCAGUGCUGCCCUUUCUACAGUAUUGUAAAUACAGGUGCUGAAUUCAAUUUGAAUGGAUGAAAUGUUAUGAGCACUGGUUAUUGUUACUGUGUAUUGAUAUUAAAGUGCUUGAUUACUUUGUAA